AUGCAUCAUGAGAGGCAGGAGAAGAAGUUUUGGACACCUUCAGAGGAUUUGAAACUUACAGAGCUCGUGGCUACUUAUGGUGCUAGAAGAUGGAACCGUCUCGCAGAAAAAAUGCAAGGAAGAACAGGUAAGGGUUGUAGAAUUAGAUGGCUUAAUAAGCUAGAUCCAAGGAUCAACAAGACAGCUUUCACUGAUGAAGAAGACGCAAAGAUACUUUCAGCUCAAAGAGAAUUGGGGAAUCAGUGGACUAAGAUUGCUAAGCUUCUCCAUAGAAGAACUGACAUUGCCAGACCUUCAUCUAAUGAUUUUGGAGAAAAAAAUGCAUUAGUGAGAGGUAUGCAUCAUGAGAGGUACAAGAAGAAGUAUUGGACACCUUCAGAGGAUUUGAAACUUACAAGGCUUGUGGCUACUUAUGGUCCUAGAAGAUGGAAGCAUAUUGCAGAGAAAAUGCAAGUAAGAGUUGCAGAUUCAGAUGGAUUAAUCAGCUUGAUCCAAGGAUCAACAAGACAGCUUUCAAUGAUGAAGAAGAGGCAAAGAUACUUUCAGCUCAAAGAGAAUUGGGGAACAAGUGGUCUAAGAUUGCUAAGCUUCUCCAUAGAAGAACUGCCAAUGCCGUGA